GAAUGAAAGCCGGGAUUUAUUUCUGAGUGGCAGAACAAUGCCCCACACCUGCCCAGCACAGGCUGUUUCCACAUGUGAGCCACUGCAGAGGCCCAAGGAACGUGUCUGCACAGCCCCUCCUCGCCUGUUCUUUGCAAACCAUGGAGCUGCUGCUAGUGCACUGUCUGUGAAGUAGAGAACAUUCCUCGCUCAUCUGUUCGCUGAGAGUGACCCAGAACAGCACAUCCUGCAGCCAUGGUGUACCAAAAAUCAGGUAGUUGUCACAUGAAGGUACAUUUAUAGGAAGCUGACAGAUAUUUGUCAUCAUCUGUGCUGCCCUGCUCCCAGCUGCCAGGAUGGCGUUUGGGAAGCCCCCGGACGGCGGCUGGGGCUGGGUGAUCGUGGCCGUGUCCUUCUUCACGCAGUUCCUGUGCUACGGCUCGCCGCUGGCGGUGGGAGUGCUGUACCUGGAGUGGCUGGAUGCCUUUGGAGAAGGGAAAGGCAAGACUGCCUGGGUGGGAUCGCUGGCAAAUGGAAUCGGAUUGCUUGCCAGUCCUGUCUGCAGUGCAUGUGUAUCAUCUUUUGGAGCAAGACCAGUAGCUAUCUUCAGUGGCUUUAUGGUGGCUGGGGGCCUCAUGAUGAGCAGUUUUGCCCCUAACAUAUACUUCCUAUAUGUUUCAUAUGGGAUAGUUGUUGGUCUUGGAUGUGGCCUUUUGUAUACUGCAACAGUCACCAUCACGUGCCAGUAUUUUGACAAACACAGAGGCCUUGCACUUGGUCUGAUUUCAACAGGCUCAAGUGUUGGACUUUUUAUAUAUGCAGCACUGCAAAGAGAGCUAAUUGAGCUGUAUGGACUGGAUGGGUGUCUGCUGAUAGUUGGUGCCCUGUCUCUGAAUAUAUUAGCAUGUGGCAGCCUAAUGAGACCCUUGGAAUCAUCCAGUUCUCCUCCACCAGAGAAAAUGUGUGUAGACAAAGUCCCAGAUCAAUAUUUUGUUUACCAUGAAAAGGAGAAGACUGUUGAAGAAAACAUUAGCAUCCUUGAAAAGGGCUAUAUUGAUGAAAAAUGUGUGAACAGUGUGCCUGAUUGCAAACAGGAUAGCAUUUUGAAUAAGAAUGUAUUGAGCUCAAUAAACAUAAAUGAGAAGGACACUUACAAAAAGAAAGUUGUAGAACAGACAAACUUCUGCAAGCAACUCGCCAAGAGGAAGUGGCAGCUCUAUCUGACCUACUGGAAGGAGACCAUGGUUCUUUUCAAGAACAAAGUAUUUGCGGCUCUCUUUGUUGCCAUCUUGCUCUUUGAUAUUGGUGGAUUUCCUCCUUCUCUGCUCAUGGAAGAUGUAGCAAGAAGUGCAAACAUUAGUGAAGAUGACUAUUAUAUGCCCCUUAUUUCCAUUAUUGGCAUUAUGACGACUGUUGGCAAACUUAUUUUAGGAAUACUGGCAGAUUUCAAGUGGGUUAACACUUUAUAUCUCUAUGUAACUACUUUAUUAAUGACAGGAGUGGCCUUGUUUGCAAUUCCAUUUGCCAAAAGUUACCUUACCUUAGCGAUGCUUUCCGGGAUUUUGGGUUUUCUGACUGGGAACUGGUCAAUUUUUCCGUAUGUAACAACAAAGACUGUGGGGAUUGAGAAGCUGACUCAUGCCUAUGGGAUAUUGAUGUUCUUCGCUGGACUUGGGAAUAGCCUCGGACCACCAAUUGUAGGCUGGUUUUACGACUGGACGCAGGAGUACGACACUGCUUUCUAUUUCAGUGGCUUUUGUGUCCUGCUGGGCGGAUUUCUGCUCCUCUUGGCAGCGCUGCCCUGCUGGGAUGCCUGCACCAAUCAGAGCUCCAAGAUGCCUCCAAACACUUACUCCUACAAAGUUGCAUCUAACGCUUAGGUGACAACUGGAAAACAACUUUGCGCCUUUUUAUAUUAUUUAGCAAAGUAUUUUAGUAAUUUUCCACUUAUUUAUGAAGCCCACAAAUCCUCUUUCCACUAGAAAAAUUCCAUUGUUGCUUGUUGAUCUCUUCCUUUUUUCUUCUUUUAUUUCUUUUUUUUAAUGUUAUUUUUAAAAACAGUCUUAUUUUGUGUACUAUGCACCGUGUUUUCAGCCUUUGUCUACUGUAAUUUCCUCUCACCCUGUAAAGGGGAUUUUCUGCUGUAUUAUCAGCUGUACUUUUUUUUAAGGGGGGUUGGUGUGGAGGGAUGAACACUUUGAAGCAAAAAUGAAGGCCUGUUCUUUAUAGAAGGCUGGCAUUUCUACCACCUUCUGUAGGUCUCCAAGUUGCACAAUUAGGCUUUACAAAGCAAGAAUUUGCCUUAUUAAAAUGUAAUACUUGGCAAGGUGCUUUUAACAUCAUGCUUAGAUUAACUUGUCUUUUUAAAGUUUCUCCCGUUUAUGAUUAAGUGCCAAUUGUGGGAGGGAGAAGAGGGGAAACAAAAUCAACCUUGUGUUACAUAACUGAAGUGAACAUUGUGAUGAAAGUAAGGAUUCUUCUUACCACUGCGACUAAGAACCAUGUUUAUAAAUGUUGCACACUUUGUGAAGCCUGUUUAUAAAACUGUUGAACCAAAACCUUUUAAACCAAGGAAUAAAUGUGAUUGUUGAAACCGUAAAAGGAAA